CUUUGCUUUAUUAAUUAAUGCUUGGAAGAGAAAAAUAACAUAAAGUUUAUGAUCGCACUUUCUUUAUUCUUUAUCACAUCGUAUUUCAAUGGAAUCUGCAGGCGAGUAUUCUCGUAUGGAGAAUGGAGGAGAUUCAAAGAAAAAAGAAUCAUGGAAUAAUGGGAUUCGGACAGCUCAAAACAUGUCGACUGCACUUUUGCGGAAAAAAUCCGACCCGUUGCUGGUUUCGAAAGUUCGGUUUCAGAUGAUCCGACAGUUGUUAGGUAAUGUGCAGGUGGUGAUUCUUGGUACAAAGCUUGCUGUUCUCUUCCCUGCUAUCCCUUUGGCCAUUGCUGCUGAUUUCUACAAGUUCGGGAGACAUUGGAUAUUUGCUUUGAGUUUGCUUGGACUUGCGCCGCUUGCCGAGCGUGUCAGCUUCCUCACCGAACAAAUUGCAUACUACACCGGUCCAACAGUUGGAGGGUUACUGAAUGCAACUUGUGGGAAUGCAACGGAACUGAUAAUAGCUUUAUUUGCUCUCUACGAAAGCAAAAUACAUGUUCUCAAGUACUCUCUGUUGGGAUCCAUUCUCUCAAAUCUCCUCCUUGUUCUUGGCUCCUCUCUCCUUUGUGGUGGCUUAGCCAACCUCAAAAAGGAACAAAGAUAUGACAGAAAGCAGGCAGAUGUGAACUCGUUGCUGCUGUUGCUGGGAUUGCUUUGCCACAUGUUGCCACUGCUGUUCAGAUAUGCGGCUGCGCCAGGUGUUUUGGUUUCCGAGUCUGCACUGCAGCUGUCGAGAGCAAGUAGUAUUGUUAUGCUUGUCGCGUAUAUCGGAUAUAUCAUCUUCCAGCUUAAAACUCACAGGCAGAUCUUCGACGCUAAACAGGAAGAUGAAGAAGAAGAAGAAGAAGAGGAAGAAAAGGCAGUGCUAGGAUUUUGGAGUGGAUUUAGCUGGUUGGUGGGUAUGACUCUCAUCAUUGCUUUGUUAUCUGAGUACGUGGUGGGCACAAUUGAGGCUGCAUCAGAAUCUUGGGGAAUUUCUAUUAGCUUUAUCAGCAUCAUUUUGAUCCCAAUCGUGGGGAAUGCUGCUGAACAUGCUGGAGCUAUUAUUUUUGCUUUUAAGAAUAAAUUGGAUAUAUCUCUGGGUGUUGCUUUGGGUUCUGCAACUCAAAUAUCUAUGUUUGCUGUUCCCUUAUGCGUUGUGGUUGGUUGGAUAAUGAGAGUCCCAAUGGAUCUUGAUUUCAGUCUUCUUGAAACUGCUUGUCUUGCCUUAACAAUCCUUGUUGUAGCCUUCACUUUGCAGGAUGGAACUUCACAUUACAUGAAAGGAAUAGUCCUUUGCCUUUGUUACGCUGCCAUUGCUGCAUGCUUCUUUGUUCAUAAAACUCCGAUCCCUCCCGAACUAACUACUGUGAAGCUGAGACUCAAACCAUCAUCUGGAAUCUCAGCCUAGCCGGUGGAGGGGGACGGUGUUUCUACCCCAAAUCAAGGACGACAUUGCCAAUCAUCCAUGUUCCCGACGCUUGAAAAGUGAGGCCAAUUUCAAGUUAAUACAUGGAAAGAAAUCAUUUGAAAAAGUGU